CCUAAACCUAAUCUGCCGAAAAAGAAACAGAAGAAGACAGAACUUCCUCCAACCCAGCGCGAGGUAAACAGUCGCAUGUGGAAUACGUCUCCCUCCCGCGUUUCACCCCGAGGUUUGGCACAUAGGCGCUGCCAUGGGAUUAAACAACGUGGACAAGAUCACUGCGGUCCAGAAGAAUCCUGCGAACAUCAGAAACCUGUGCAUUCUAGCGCAUGUUGACCACGGAAAAACUACCCUGGCUGACUGCUUGGUGGCAAGUAAUGGCAUCAUAUCAAGUCGACUUGCUGGAAAGUUGAGGUAUCUCGACUCUCGAGAAGAUGAGCAGGUCCGUGGAAUUACCAUGAAGUCCAGUGCCAUUUCUUUGCACUAUGUGCAUAGAGAUAAACAAUACUUGGUUAAUGUGAUCGACUCUCCUGGCCAUGUGGAUUUUUCUUCCGAAGUGUCAACUGCAGUUAGGCUGUGUGAUGGUGCCAUUGUAGUAGUUGAUGCUGUGGAGGGUGUCUGUCCUCAGACCCAGGUGGUUCUACGUCAGGCAUGGCUGGAGAACAUCAGACCAGUGCUGGUGAUAAAUAAGAUCGAUCGACUAAUUGUUGAGCUCAAGCUUACUACUCAGGAAGCCUACAGCCACCUGCAGAAGAUAAUGGGGCAGGUGAAUGCUGUGACAGGCUCUUUGUUCACAUCCAAAGUGCUUGAAGAACGGGCAGAAAAGGACAAAGAGAGUUUGAGAGAGGACACUGGUCAGACUUAUGACUGGAAUGCUGGACUUGAGGAGGUGGAUGACUCGCACCUAUACUUUUCUCCUGACCAAGGGAAUGUGGUGUUUGCCAGUGCCUUAGAUGGAUGGGGCUUUAGCCUCUGGCAGUUUGCUGAAAUCUACAGUGAACGGAUGGGUAUAAAAGCAGAUGUGCUCAGAAAAACUCUCUGGGGCGAUUUCUACCUCAAUGCCAAGGCAAAGAAGAUCAUGAAGGGUGCUAAGAACAAAGGCAAGAAGCCUCUGUUUGUGCAGUUUGUCCUCGAUAAUAUUUGGAAUUUGUAUGAAAGCGUUCUCGUCACUAGGGACAAGAUAAAAGUGCAAAAGGUUGUGGAAUCGUUAAAGGUCAAGGUCACGGCCAGAGAUUUACGCCACAGUGACCCCAAGAUUCUGCUGUUUGCCAUUUGCAGCCAGUGGUUACCUGUCUCAUCGGCUGUUCUCUCGAUGGUUUGUGACAAACUUCCAAGUCCACUUGAAAUGUCUGAAGAAAGAGUAGAAAAACUGCUGAGUGUGGGAACAAAGCGAUUCGAAACCUUGCCUGAGCAGACCCAGGAACUCAAAAAAGCGUUCCUCCAAUGUUCCAGUGAAGAAAAUGCUCCUGUUAUUGUCUUUGUGUCGAAGAUGUUUGCUGUGGACAGCAAGGCCUUACCAAAGAACAGACAGAGACCUUUAACUCAAGAGGAGAUGUCCCAGCGCAGAGAGCUUGCCCGAAUGAGACAUGCUGAGCGGAUGGCCAGCAGUCAGACGGCACAGCAGUUGGAAGAUCAUUCAACAGCUACUGUGGAAUCCAUUGUGACACAGGAUUCAACGCCAGCUGAGACAGAAGACCAAAAAGUGACAUUCAUAGCAUUUGCUCGAGUCUUCAGUGGAGUGGCCAGAACUGGACAAAGACUGUUUGUGAUGGGACCCAAGUAUGACCCCGCCAAUGGCCUCAGAAUGCUCCCAGGCUGCUGCCCGGAUUCACAUGGUGUGCCAGAUGUGCCUCAUCUGUCCAUUUGUACGAUGAAAGACAUGUAUCUGAUGAUGGGACGAGAGCUUGAGGAGCUGGAGGAAGUACCAGCUGGAAAUGUCCUGGGUAUUGGUGGUUUGGAAGAUAUUGUUUUGAAGUCUGCAACAUUGUCCUCAUCUCUCGCUUGCCCACCAUUCACACCACUGAACUUUGAGGCUACACCCAUACUACGAGUUGCAGUGGAGGCUAAAAAUCUCAGUGAGAUGCCGAUGCUGGUUCGUGGCAUGCGUCUGUUGAAUCAAGCUGACCCUUGUGCUGAAGUUCUGAUCCAGGAGACAGGAGAACAUGUUCUGGUCACAGCUGGUGAGGUUCAUCUCCAACGUUGCCUGGAUGACCUCAAAGACAGGUUUGCUCAAAUUGAGAUCAGCGUGUCUAAACCCAUCAUUCCAUUCCGAGAAACUGUCAUCUGCCCUCCAAAAGUGGACAUGGUGAAUGAAGAUUUGGGCAAACAACAAAAAGUAGCCAUCAUCCACCAGGAUCGUUCGACUGAGGCUCUGUUUGUGGACUCUAAUGGCCUGGUCACGCUUACAACACCAAACAAAGUGGCUACUGUCAGUGUGCGGGCAAGUCCCUUACCCCAAGAUGUGACCGAUCUCUUGGAGAGGAGCUCAGAUUUGAUUCGAACACUAGAGCAGGUGAAUAUGUCCAUGAGAGAGGGGAAGAGCUUGGAUAUCAGCCACAGCACAUUUGAAGCUCUAAGCCAACUCAAGGUCCAGCUUGGGGAAAUGCUCCAAGGAAAGAGAUGGAGAGGCACCGUGGAUCGUAUCUGGGCGUUUGGACCUCGCAGGUGUGGCCCCAAUAUCCUGGUGAACAAUGUGGGGAGCUAUAAACGGCCCUCAGUCUGGCAGUGCCUUUGCAGAGAUGAAAAACCUGAGACAUCUGGUCUACGUGAAUUUGACAACAGCAUCACCAGUGGAUUCCAACUGGCAACACUAUCUGGGCCCAUGUGUGAGGAACCAAUGAUGGGAGUCUGUCUCUCUCUUGAGAAGUGGGAUGUUGUGCAUUCAAGUCCAUCACAGCAGCGUGACUUGUCGAAUGAUGAGCCUUUAGAAUUGACACAAGAGUUACCUGAUUCAUCUGCACAAGCGCAGAUUGUUGCAGUGCAGAAGGGGAGGCCAGAACCCUUCUCUGUGGACUGCUACGGGCCUGUUUCCGGGCAGUUGAUUGCUGCUAUGAAAGAAGCUUGUCGCCUUGCCUUCCAGGCACAACCGCAGAGACUCAUGGCUGCGAUGUACACGUGUGAGAUCAUGGCUACAGCUGAUGUCCUGGGUCGGGUUUAUAGUGUGCUAGGAAAGCGUGAAGGCCGUGUUCUUCAAGAAGAGAUGAAAGAAGGAACAGAUAUGUUUAUCAUAAAGGCCGUCUUGCCUGUGGCUGAGAGCUUUGGAUUUGCAGAUGAAAUACGCAAACGAACCAGUGGACUGGCCAGCCCACAGCUAGUCUUUAGCCACUGGGAGGUGAUCGGCAGUGAUCCGUACUGGGUCCCCACCACAGAAGAGGAAUACCUGCACUUUGGUGAAAAAGCAGACUCUAUCAAUCAGGCUCUCAAAUAUAUCAAUGGUGUCAGAAGACGGAAGGGCCUGUAUGUUGAGGAGAAGAUCGUGGAGCAUGCAGAGAAGCAACGGACGCUUAGCAAGAACAAGUAGGGCAAGGACAUAAGCAACUGUGUUAGUCAUCAACUUGUUCUUUCUUUCCAUAAAAGAGGGGGAAAUCCCAAUCCAAACAGAGAUUGCUUUUUGGUUUGGAAAAAAAAAAUAGGAAGGUAUUUGUCACAAAUCACAAAAAUUACUCUCUCGAGUAUAAAUUUCUGCAAUAUGUAUAGAAUUAACAAUCCACACCAACGCAAAUGGUGAUUCUGAAAAGUGUUUCACCAAAAUUCAUUAAAUUCUUGUCACUUGUUGCUAUUGUUUGGAUCAUUUACCUAUAAGGCACUUUCUUAAAGUUUACAUUUGUUGUUCUGUAAGGGGACAUAUACUCUAUGGUCUUUUCAACUGUAAUCAUAAUUUGUAUUAAGUUAACAUUUAACUACUCAGUUAUUUUUAUUUCAAAGAAAGAGUGAGUCACAGAGAGAAAAGCAGUACGUGGAAUAUCGUGGAAAAGCUUGCUGAACCAGCUUUUGAAACCAGCACCUCUGUGAAGCUUGUCAGCAGAAGGAAGCAUCUAAUACUGCUGUAAUGACUGUGGACUUCAGAAAACACAGUGAACCAACACUUGCAGAUGACAUGCCGAAUCAUCACUGACUAUGGAAACUCCACACUGGACUUUAAGCAAAAUGUUUUUUUUUAAAUCAUAUUUAUAUUUCUUUACAUGUAAAAGAUUUUUAAAAUAAAGACUGCUUGAACCUGAAUAUGUGUGAAGAAAGAAUGCAUACUGUAUAUGAACUAAUGACUAAACGAAUCAACUGUGAUGAUCAGAGUGCAAAUUACUACUACUGUAUAAAAGGUAUGCGAAUCCCAAGGUCAAUGGUUUU